CUUUUAUUUUCCCUCAUGGCGCUUCUAAUUUUAAUCUUUGCAUUAAACAGCUCCUAUAAUUCUUUGGACUUGAAAUCUCUGGAAUUCCCGCGAAAAACAGGACAGAAGCGUCAUUGGCGGCGAAAUUUUAAACAAAAAAUUCAUAUUAGCGAAAAAGAAGUGAACUCGGGCGUCCUAAUGAAAAACCACAUGAAACAGGUACAAGAUAAAACGAUUGCCCUGUUGUAUAAGGGAGCCAGGCAGUUUACUGAUAAAUUGAACGCAGCCCAUGAAAAAAACAAUGGGGUGCAAGAUUGUACCCAUAGCGUACAUGACUCCUAUAAACAAUUGUUUCUAACCAGUAGCUGUCGGUUACAGACGUAUGGGAAAAUUGAGCCUGUUGUCAUAAACACUUGCCAGUCAUGCAGACAACCUGUGGAUAAUAGUCCUGAUAAAUGUUCAUUCUGUGACAAGAUGGUCUGUGAUUUAUGUGGUAGCAGUUGCAUAAAGUGCUGUGAAGUGUAUUGCCGCUGUUGCUCAUUACCAGAUUUCAGCAGCACCGAAGAGAGCUGCAUUUGCAUUGGUUGUGCCUGACAGUGAGCACUAUAAGGAUGUACAGGGAAUAUUGAGACCAGCACUGCCACUUUAGACAGCAAUUUGAGGUGUUUGUCAUGAACUUUUGUGUUGGACUAUCUGUUAAUUGUCCGUAAUAAUUCCAUUUUUAUUGUACAGUAUUAUAAGUGUUGACCAACAGUACCUGUUAUCAAAUAAUAUCAUUGUAUUUAAAUCAGAAUUCAGUAAGGAUAAUUUUGUAAGUGUCUUGUGUAUUUUUUAAAAUAAAUUUUAAUACUUUUAAUUGCCAUCAGUGAGAAAUAUC